AUGCUGAUGGCUUGGGAAAACUGGACUACGGUGACAGAAUUUGUUUUCAAGGAGUUCACGGAUUGUGUCGACCUCCAAGUUACCCUCUUUGUGGUUUUCCUGCUCAUCUACGUCAUCACCGUGGUGGGAAACCUUGGCAUCAUUGCUGCAGUCUGGCUCGAUUCCCAGCUUCAAACCCCCAUGUACUACUUUCUCAGCAACUUGUCCUUCUUGGAUCUGUGCUACUCCUCAGCUGUGACACCCAAAAUGCUGCUGAACUUCUCAUCAGAAAGGAAGACUAUCUCUUUUGCUGGCUGUUUCGCACAGCUCUAUUUCUACGCUGCUUUUGUAACCGUGGAGUGUUACCUCCUGGCCGUGAUGGCGUACGAUCGCUACGUUGCCAUCUGCAACCCGCUGCGUUACCCCGUCGUCAUGUCCCAGAAGGUCUGCAUUUCCCUCCUGGCCGGGUCCUAUGCGGUGGGGUUUUUUCAUUCGGCGGUGUUCACGGGGUUUGCGCUGAGAGUGUCCUUCUGCGGCCCCAAUGUCAUUGACCACUUCUUCUGUGAUGGACCACCGCUGUCAAAACUGGCCUGCUCUGAUACUCGCCUCAACCAAGUGUUGCUACUUGCCUUCGGGGGCUUCAACGAGGUCACCACCAUAUCAGUCAUCCUCAUCUCCUAUGGCUGCAUCCUGUUCACCAUCCUGAGGAUGGGCUCUGUGCCGGGCAAGCGCAAAGCUUUUGGUACCUGUGCGUCCCACCUGGGGGUCGUCACCAUCUUUUACGGGACCCUUCUCUUCAUGUACCUGCGGCCCAGCUCCAGCUACUCCCUGGGCAGGGACAAAAUCGUUUCCGUCUUUUACGCGGUGGUGACCCCCAUGCUGAACCCCUUCAUCUACAGCCUGAGGAACCAGGAGGUGAAGAGCGCUCUGAAGAGAGCAGUCUCUGUGAAUAGUUGGGCUCCCAGUAAUACUGAUGGAGAGAACUUGUCUGUUCGUGUGACCAUGUAUGGGUCUCCUUUGGACAUGGCAAAUCCUCCUCCGGGCUACACUGAGCCUAUUGAUCCAUCUAAUUCCACCUGA